AUGUCUCAAGCACAACCCUCCACCCCGAACGAUUCCCCUGAACGCACUGCAAAACGAGCUCGGGUGGAUUCGAAACCAGGAGACUUCGACCAAUCCUCAAAUGCCACAAACAAGGGAAAUCAUUCGGACAGAUUCUGGUUCGACGAUGGGAAUGUUGUGCUUCAAGUCGAAAGCACUCUAUUUCGGGUGCAUCGCGGUGUACUCGCACGUCACUCGCCGGUAUUUCGCGAUAUGUUUAAGCUCCCGCAACCGCCACUUAGCCAGGAGGAAAUGGUUGACGGAUGUCCCUCUGUUGAAUUGCCUGGGGAUAGAAGAGGUGAUUGGGUUAAUAUCUUCACUUUGAUCUAUGAUCAUGAAACGAGCUACAAUAACAAAGACAACUUUAACCUGCCCGUGCUUACGUCCAUGCUUCGUCUAGGACGCAAGUACCAACUGGACGUCAUCUAUAAAGCUGCCGUUUCUCGCCUGAAAGCUGUUGUGCCGACGACCUUCCAGGAACUGACGAAGAACACAUCAAACCCUCAUGCUCUCCUGAAGGCGGAUGACAAUUUAUUCAACCUUCUAUCUGUAGUCUUAGAACUCGGAAUUCAAAGGUUCAUGCCUAUGCUAUUCUAUUAUUGCAUAAGCGAGUUUAGUUUGGAACAAAUUCUUAAACAGCAUUCCGGGCCAAAUUCUAAACUGCCAUAUGACUGCAUUGUAAAGUUGGUCCUUGGAAGGGAAAGCCUCAUCUCAUCCAUCAACAACAACCACCUUUCGUGGGCUCUAGCCGCAGACAUUACAGCUGGUGGAAAGUGCAAAAGCAUGAGUAUGCAGUACUACGGAUCCUCAAACCCGUGCAAGCUCUUCAGAGCAAACGCUGCUACAGCCAUCGUUAUCAAAUCUGUCACCCCGGACGUUCGUCUUGCGCUGAUGCCUGGCGAUGCUGAUUACCUCCGAUUGUUUGAGGUAACGGACGGACAGGCAGCUAAUCGUAAUCAUCAAGCAAGGCCUUGUGAGGAAUGUGUAAAAGAAAUAUUCAGGCUUCAAAACGCGUAUCGGAGCCGGGUAUGGGACAACCUUCCGGCCUUCUUCCGGCUUCCGAAGUGGGAAUCCUUGGAGGCAUUGUAA